AUGGACGACAUCCACGCCCCAACUGUGGCCUCCGGACCAGCAUCCGGGGCUAAUCCUCGUGAUGUUUCCAAGCUAUCAAUGCCAGAGCUGAUGCAGGAAAAGGAGCGCAUUGAGGAGGAAAUGUCCGCGCUCAGUAGCGUUCUCCAAUCGCAUGGUGUGCGAAUGACAUCCUCUCUCACGACAUUCGAUGGCUUUCCUCGCGAUGAUAUCGAUAUCGCGCAAGUGCGAACCAUACGCGUUCGUAUGAUCCAUCUACGCAAUGACCACAAGGAAGUGAUGCAGCAUCUCGAAAAGGGGGUCCACGCACACUUUGCCAACCUACAAAAUACACCCGGCGCGGGACCAACCACAAAUGGCACAAGCCACCCGCCCGCCGUGCAGUCAUUACCCAGCCGCUCUGCAACAGGCAGUAGUGCACUCGAAGCUCCCUUCGCAAAGGUCAACAGUGUGGUCACGGCAAGCCCGGCAGAUCAGGCAGGACUGAAAGCUGGGGACACGAUCCGGAGCUUUGGGGCUGUCACUUGGUUAAACCAUGAGCGUCUUACGAAGGUUGCGGAGACUGUGCAACAAAAUGAAGGGCGAGCGGUCUCGGUAAAGGUUAGCCGCAAGGAAGAGAGUGGUUCUGUCUCCGAGUUGAGUCUCCAACUCACUCCCCGGCAGAACUGGGGAGGUCGUGGCUUGCUCGGAUGCCACUUGGUUCCAUUGUAA